CCAAGAUAUUGGCUACUAACAGCUAUUCCAUUCCUUUAUUGGCAAUAACAAAUCUAGCUCAAAUAUCUUUCAUGCCCUAAUUAUUAUUGGCCAUUGCUUCCUCCAAGGCUCCAAUGAUCGUCGGUCCUAUUAAAUUACCUUAACAACAGUACCGAAAGUGUUACUGGAUAGAAUGGCUUUCAGUUCUUCUAAGGCAGCAACUCUUUUACUUCUCCUUAGUCUCAUACUUUUCACUUGUGUUUCAUCUCAUAAGGUACCCGUAUGCCCUCCAAAAGUGCCUUCCGUCCCCGAGAAGCCGGCCAGAUGCCCCAAGGAUACCCUUACGUUUGGGGUGUGUGGGAGCUGGUUAGGGUUGGUUCAUGAGGUCAUUGGAACUAAACCAAGCAAGGAAUGCUGUACCCUCAUUAAAGGUGUAGCUGAUCUUGAAGCUGCAUUGUGUUUAUGCACUGCGAUAAAGAGUAAUGUACUUGGGGUUGUGAAGGUUGAAGUGCCUGUUGCUAUUAGUCUACUUCUUAGUGCUUGUGGAAGAGAGGUUCCUCAAGGCUUUAAGUGUGCUUAAGAUCUCUAUCUUUAGUUAUCUACUCUUGUUUGUUUAUGAAUUUAAAAUCUGUGUUUGCUUAUGCUAGAUUGAAGAUUGAAAAUUGAAGAUUGGAAUUUGGAGUUCUCA